CGCCGCGGCAACCAAUGAGCGGCGAGGAGGGGGGCGGGGCUUUCAUCCCGGAAGUCGCAGGAGGCGAUGGGGGGCCGAGUGAGGCGGCGCACCGGGUCGCUGCUCCGUCCCUGUACGAUGCCGCCCGGGGGGCUUCGUCCUAAACGGCCCCCGGCUCACAGCCCCGCAGGACCCGCACGCAGGGAGGAGGAAGCAGCCAGCAAGGAGAGCGGCGCGCACGGGGGUCGUUUCUCCUCCCCUCGCCGCAGAGGAGCCGCUGCUGGGCGGUGACGCAGCCCGGGAGGAAGGGGACGAGGGGAAGAGAGGCCCUGGGCGCGGGACGUGCGCUGAGCGCAUCUCGAAGGGGAAGAAGCUUCAGGCCCGUGAGGAGACCGUUCAGAAUGAGGUGUACUCGGGACUUCCCGCAUUCCUCUUCUACGUCAAACGCACGCGGUGCCUGCCGGAGAUCACUUUCAAGGUCCUGAGAACGCGGCCACGGAGCAGGGACACCCCGCGGCUUCCGAGCUGAGAAGCUCUUGGAGGAAGAGGAGAAGAGGAUGCAGAAGGGGAGGGAAGAGGAAGAGCUGAACAAUCCCGUGAAGGAGCUGAACACUGCCCGCAGGAUGGACACACGAAAGCUGCUCCGGGCCUGACCCGGGGUGCCCCAAAAGAAGGGGCCAAGCCCUGCAGCAGCCUCCCCUCCUGGGAGGGAGUUAAAUGUAAAUACUACCCGCCCGAUUUCGACCCUGCUAAGAUCCCAAAGCUCAAGCUCCCGAAGGACCGGCAGUAUGUGGUGCGCCUCAUGGCUCCCUUCAACAUGCGGUGCAAGACGUGCGGUGAGUACAUCUACAAGGGGAAGAAGUUCAACGCCCGCAAGGAGACCGUCCAGAACGAGGUGUACCUGGGGCUGCCCAUCUUCCGCUUCUACAUCAAGUGCACGCGCUGCCUGGCAGAGAUCACCUUCAAGACAGACCCCGAGAACACCGACUACACCAUGGAGCACGGCGCCACGCGCAACUUCCAGGCGGAGAAACUCCUGGAGGAAGAGGAGAAGAGGAUGCAGAAGGAGAGGGAAGAGGAAGAGCUGAACAAUCCCAUGAAGGUCCUGGAGAACCGAACCAAGGACUCCAAGCUGGAGAUGGAGGUCCUGGAGAACCUGCAGGAGCUGAAGGAGCUCAACCAGCGCCAGGCCAACGUGGACUUCGAGGCCAUGCUGCGGCAGUACAAGGAGUACGAGGAGGAGCAGAAGCGCAGGGAGCAAGAGGAGGAUGAGCAGGAGAUGAAAGCCAUGCUGGAGGAGGUGCAGAACCGGCGCCUGCUGGUCGACUCGGACUCGGACGAAGAAGCUGCAAAGCCCUCCACGAAGCCCAGGGCAAAAACGAAACCCACGGACAUCCUGCAGGAGGACCCCCAGCCCCAGAUCAAGAAGCAGAAGACGGAGAGCUGGGAGCGCAGCGUGGGGAAGCUGAGCAGCAGGACGCAGCUGGCCGGGCUGGUGGCGGUGAGGAAGCCGAAGCCCCCCAGCACCCCAGCAAACAGCACCGAGAGCCACGGCGCCGGCUCAAUUCCCCCGGCCACGGGCCCCUCGUCGUCCUCCUUGGGCUUGCUGGGGACGUAUUCGGACAGCGAGGACGGCGCCAGCGACUGAGGAGCUGCCCCCCCCCAGCACCUCCUGCAGAGCUGCACCACGAUGGGGGGACCCUGGGGGGGGGGGUCCUGGGGGGCUUGCAGCCCACCUGGGGUCCCCAAAUUGGCGUGGGGCGCAGCCAGCCCCCAGCAGGGACCCUCUGCCUGCCCCCCCC